UCGCUCUAAAGGGCAAUAAAAAGGGCGUGAGGCUGCAGGGACGACAGAGCAAGCGAAAGGGGGGGAGAAAAGCUGCAAACCUCGGCUGAGGAGAGGAGGAGAAAGAAGAAGAAGGAAAAAAAAGGAAGAAGCAGUUGAGAGAGCAGAGGCGAAAGAGAGAGCGGCCAAAAAGGCAGAGGAGUGGAGGAGUGAGGCGCCCCCGUUCCUUCCAGCGGAGUGAGGGGUGGGGUGGGAGGACGAAGAAGAAGGGAGAAGAAGAAGAAGAGAGGAGUGAUAACGAGUCCGGGAAGGAGGGAGAAGCUGUUGGCUGGACAUGGGGCUUUGUGCCGUUCUCCUCAUCUGUCUCUCCCUGGCUGAGCUGGGGAGAGUCUGGGCUCACCGGCAUGAAGAUGCACCGAGCGGGACUCCCCUGCACGCGCAUGUGGACCCGUCCGGUCUUCACAGGACCAGGAGGGACCAGCGGACUCCCCACAAACACAGAGAAGCCCGCAACAGCGCGGGAGGAGGCCUUGAUGUCAGCACCCUGACUGACAACACGACCAUCGUGGAGGACUCCAAGCAGUACUACGCGUGGCGGAGCUUCGGUCCGACGGACCGCCGGACGGAGGACUUGUGGGUAGACCUGAACAAGAACCAAGUCCAGAUCCACGGCAUCCUGUCCAAUGCACACCAAAAAGCAGCGAGGGUGGCGCUUUCUUUCGAUUUCCCUUUUUACGGACACCACUUGAGACAAAUUAUCAUCGCGACUGGCGGCUUCAUCUACAUGGGCGACGUGACCCAUCGGAUGCUGACCGCCACGCAGUACAUCGCUCCCCUCAUGGCCAACUUUGACCCCAGCUUCUCCAAGAAGUCCACCGUGAGGUACUCGGACAACGGUAACCUCUUCGUGGUGGAGUGGGACAAGGUGCACCUGAAGGACCGGGAGGCUGACGGGCCUUUCACCUUCCAGGCCGUCCUCGACAGAAAUGGAACCAUUGUUUUCAACUACAGAGACAUCCCCAUGGCGGUGGAGAGUAUGAACUCCACCGAGCAUCCGGUGAAAGUGGGACUGUCGGACGCUUUUUUGGCCCGCCUCCCCUCCUCGCAGCCCUCGGAAGAGAAUCGCCGCACCAUCUACGAGUAUCACCGCGUGGAGCUGAACACCUCGAAGCUCGUUAGCAGAUCUUCUUUUGAGUUAACGCAUCUGCAGACUUGCCUUCAGCACAAGUCCUGUGACCUCUGCCUGACCUCCAACCUGACGACGGGCUGCGGCUGGUGCAACACUCUCCAACGAUGCUCCGACGGUAUCGACCGGCACAGGCAAGAGUGGUUGGAUUACAACUGCCCCGAAGAGGCGAAAGGCACGUGCGAGGACUACAACCCCGUACUGCCCGAGGGAUCCGGGACCCCCUACAACCAGUCUUCUCCAGGUCCCACGUCUUCCUCGGCAGUGACCGAAGACCAGACUGUCACCAGAGACGUACCGACGAGUCCACCGGACCACGUCGGGAUAUCAGAGAACACGGCCAUCAUAGCAGGUGUGGUGGCCGCACUGGUUCUGCUGGUGGUCCUGACCUUACUGGCGGUCUACUACAUCAACACGCACCCGACCGUCGCUCCACCGUUCUACCUCAUGCAGCAGCGUCGCACCAAUAACUACUGGCCCUCCAUGAAGUUCCACAACCAGGGCUGUCAAUCCAACUACGCGGAGGUCGAGCUCGGGGGUCACGAAAAGGAAGGUUUCAUCGAAGCUGAGCAGUGACGCUGAGACGCCUGGACUGGGAGGACUGGGAGGACUGGGAGGACUGGGAGGACUGGGAGAGCAGAAGAAGAAGAAGAAGAAAGAGGGUCACCAUCCCGAGGACGGCACGGAGGAUGAACGGACUCGACUCCGACGGUGUUCAACGCUUCCAGCUUUCUCCGUGUCUUUUUUUUUUUGUUGCCGUCACGCACAAAGGGGGAUUUUUCCAUUUUAUACCCAAAAAAAAAGGGGGAAAAAUUACGAGAUGCAAAUGUGUAACUGUUCCAAAACAAAAUGUAAAAAACAAUGCGAGCGGAUGUCAGGGAAUGACUCGAACUAGCCUUCAUACUGCAAGCCAACAUACAGCUCCACGUAACAAUGUGUUUCUAUUCAGUUUGUGGGGUUUUGUUUUCAUGAUGUGUGAAUGUUAUAUUUCACUAUAACAGAUAUUUAGCCAUGUAACUGAUAGUGAUUAUAAUGAUCGUUUUGGAUUUCUCUGGAGAAAUUUCGUUUUAUUUUAACCUUUCUGUUUAAAUGUCUUCUAAUAAAAGCUGGCGGUGAGUGUGGAUAAUAACCU